AUUCCCCCCCCCCCCCCGCAACGGCCAGACCGGCCAUGGGAAUGAUGAUUACUUGUUUGUAACCGAAUGAGAUUAUUUGCAGUUCUAACGUCACAUUUAUUUGGUUUCACAUUUGAUAUUCACAAUGAGUGAAUCAAAACGAAAGAGACCCAAAUCCUACUACAAAAAGUGUGCAGGGGGAGGCAAAAAGUUCAAGGCUGUGAAUGAUUUAGAUGCUGGCAUGAAAGGCUUCCUGGUCACGUGCAACAAGUAUGAGCGGGAGACUGUGAGAGAGAUGUAUAACAUCCUCAAUGAGUAUGCAGACACCCUGUAUGGACCAGAGACUGCCACAACAGAGAAGACAGAUGACUCCGAUGACAGUGGAGAGGAAGAGGAGGAGGACAUUGAGAAAGCUCUGGAAAAGGAGAGGUCAGAUAUCCUGAAACUGGCCAAGACAGAGAGGCGAUUUCAGAACACCAACACAAAGUUCAAGAACUUGAUUUUCAUCCGCACAGCAUUGGAGGAUCCAUGUGGACUGGCACAUCACAUCUUCACUGACAUGAUGGCCACACAUACACAGAAGGCCAGGUAUGCACAGAGAAUGAUUCCUGUGGACUUAACUUGCAAGGCAAACAUGAAAAACAUUGAACCUGCAAUGAAGGUUGUUUUGACACCUCAUUUUCAAACAGCAUUUGGUGUCGGACUAAGGUACACGUCUGUUUGUAAAAUCAGGAACAAUAACUCAAUUCAGAGAAUAGCAAUUUUGCCUAUGAUUGGUAGAUUAGUUAAUGAGAUGAAUCCUCUUCAUAGAUUGUGUCAUGAUGACUCAGAACUAGUCGUGAUUGUGGAAUUUAUUAGAAAUAUCUGUUGCUUGAGUGUGGUGAAGGAUUUCUUUACAUUUAGAAAAUACAAUUUUCAUGAAGUUAUUAAGACUGGAAAGUCAGAAACAGAAGGCAACAGAGAUCAGUCUAAAAGUGGCAAAGAAAAGUCUGAAGUUAUGAAGGAAAAUUCAGUUGAUGAGCUAAAUGUCCCAGAUGAUGGAGAUGGAAGAGAAGAUAUAUCAGAUGAAAAACCUGAAUCUGAGCAUAAAAUUGGGGACACUGCAAUCAGCAAUUUAGUUGAUGUGAAUGAUAAAACGGGUGAUCCAGAGAGUCAACCAGUUGUUGUUGGUAUUGAUCGUAAAGAUGUUGAAAAUGAUCGUCCUGCAAUUGAACAGCAGCUACUUGAUGGUAAUAGUAAUCCUGCAGUUGUAACGACAGAAUCAGCUGACGCUGAUGUUAGUUAGACUGGAACAUUAUCAGACAAGUGAAUGAAAAACUACACAUUUUGAUUAUAAUAACUUGAUAAUGCAUAAUUUUGUUAUUAAGUGCAUUUUGGUUCACAAGAUUUUGCUUAGAGAAUACAGCAUGAAGAUAUGUUUUUGUUUGAAAACAUGUUGUUUAUUGUUGAAGAAAUAAUGUUAUCGGCGGAAACUACCUUUGCUAUUGGUUAAGUAGUUCCCAAUAUUAAAAUCCUUACAGAUCUGGAAUGAUUGUUUGUGUGUAACUUUUUUUUUAUAUGAAAUUCAGUGAAAUUUUCUUCUAAAAGCUCAUAAUAUUUUAUGGUUAACAAUAAAAAUAUGUCUUAGAAAAUAUACAAUAAUGACUUAAAAGUUA